AUGCAAGAGCCUACAAAGAAUAAAUUUCACAAAUCUCAACAUUGGGGCUUUUGCAACAAUGUUAGGAUGUUGGUGGAUGAAGAUAAACCUGGAAUAGGUGGAGAGUUGCUUCCUGGACAAAAAGGGAAGCCUAAAUACAGUGCAUUUCCUAGAGGAACAGGAUAUUAUGCACCAUCCUGGGUAGCUUUUGAUAAACAGGUAUUAUCUUUUGAUGCUUAUUUAGAAGAUGAAGUACCUGAAAAGGUUCUCGAAAACUAUAGAAUAAGACACUAUAAAAUUUACUUCUACCCUGAAGAUGACACAAUUGAAGUAAAUGAGCCAGAGGUGUUAAACAGUGGACUUCCUCAAGGAAUUUUCAUCCGUCGUCAUCGGAUUGCUCUUCCUGCUCCUAAUGAUGAUCAGUGUUACACUGUGCAUGAUUUCAAUAUUGGCAUAGACAUUACCUUUUAUGGCCGGACUUUCAAAAUUUAUGACUGUGAUGAAUUUACAAAAAACUUUUUGAAGAAAAUAGGAAUCAAAUUAAAUCCACCGAAAAAGCGUCCAUAUGAUCCUUAUACAAAGAUGCGCAGAGAGAUAUUAGAACAUGUGGAACCUUUACGACCUUAUGAGCCCCUUGAUAACCUGAAGAAGUUCCUUCUGUACGAUAGGAAAGUUUUGCGUUUCUUAGGCCUGUGGGAUGAUACAGCCUCAUUCUUUGGAGACCGUAGAGAACUCAUCCUGAACUACUUUCUGUCUGAUGAUACUAUUGAAAUCAAAGAAUUUCUGCCACAAAACUCAGGCCGGAUUCCUAUGACAUUUUUCCUAAAGAGAGGAAAACUGCCCAAGUAUGGCCCACCUGGAAUGCAUCAGCCAGGAGAAAUAACAGAACGAACAGUUCUCAAUAUGUAUGGAGGCUUCUCAGCAAGCCGAAUAACUGGCUUCAUGCUGGAUAGAUAUAAGCCCGAAAAAUUACAACAAGAUUUUUACAAAGAUACUGACCUAUUUUUAGGAGCCACCAUUGAUGUGUGGGGAAGAAAAGUGCUUCUUUGUGACUGUGAUGACUUUACAAAGCUUUACUAUAAGUUGAAAUAUGGAGUUGAGAAUACAACUCCGAUUUCAUGCAAGCUUCCAGACACUCCAAAAUUAGUAAGGAAAUUUCCACCUUAUACUGGCUUUGGUUCUGAAGAGGAUUCUCUUCGUUCCUGCAUAGGCCUCAUUCCUACACCUCAUCAAAGGGACUUCAAGAAGUUCAUGGAAAGUGACAGCUAUGGCAGUAUAAGCAAUAUACUUCGAUUUUUUGCCAAAAUGUGCUCACGAAAAAAUACCGAGGUGGACAGGAUGUUUGUUAUUUCUUAUUUCCUCUGUGAUGACACAUUGGCUGUGUUUGAACCUAUAGAGAAGAAUUCAGGGUAUAAUGGUGGAUUGUUCUUGAAAAGAAGUCGUGUUAAGAGACCUGGGCAAGAAAUCUUUAAAAGUGAACUAUCAGAAUAUAUUCAGCCUGAGGAGCUGUAUGUAGGAGCCAAAGUGAAUGUGAAUGGUUAUAUAUUUCUUUUGCUCAAUGCUGAUGAAUACACCUUAAGCUAUAUGGAAAAACAUUCUGAGAAGUUUCCUCUGAGCAAUAUUGAACUUGCACUAGAAAAGCUGAAAGCUGAAAAAUCAAAAUCCACAGUGAUCAAGCAGGUAUUUACAGCUAUUGAUACUUUUAACACAGCACAGGUGGAUUUUAAUACAUUCAGAAAUAUAGUAAAGGAUAUAGUUGGCGGGAACAUCACAGACCAAGAAGUUAUAACCAUUGCACGUCACUUUCGGGUACCUGAAGAAAUCUGUCCAGAGAAAGAACUCCUACUUGCAGAGACCCAGGAACAGCUUAGGAAAUAUAAUUUUGAUGCUUUUGAGAACAUUAUUGCUGACUGUGUUUAUGAAGAUCGAGCAAGAAAAAAUGUACUACCGUCUAAUGAUGUAAGAAGAUUGUGCAAGGCCCACAGGUUACCUUUCACCAAUGAUCUUCUAGAAUCCUUACUGGCCAGCUUUGAAAAUAAUGAAAAGCAAAUAGAUUUCAAAGUACUUUUCGAUGCUCUGAACUGGAGAAAAUAUCCGGUUUACCGUGUGGAUGGUCCAUCAUCAUAUGAAAAACAGAAAUGUGAAGAAGUGUGGAUUGGGAUGCCAUCACCUAUUCCUGUGAAAUACAUUGACUAUAUGGCCUUUUUGAGGGAUGUAUAUGGCAUAACACCAGAGUAA